UCAUUGAGUGGAAAGAAGGGGACUCACUAGGCCUUUAGCAGGGGAGCCAGCCAGGACCCUAGCAAGAUGGAGGAUGCCAGGGAGAGCAGGGCAGCUGGGUGCCCUGAGAUUUGAGGCAGUGGAACCCGUCAGCAGAAUGUCUCCUCUCCCAGCGAGCGACCCUCAGGCCACCAAGAGGCACACCGCCACCAGGCCCACGCAGGCGCACUCAACGCACUAGCUGGAGGCGCGGGGCCGCAGGGCCGCAGGGCCAUGAUGGUGUGCUAGGCAGCCGCAAACCCAGCUUCACAGACUUGGGACCUGCAGGUGCCACCGUGGAGAGGCCGGGGUAUCACAAACUGAUGGAUUUUGACAAGAAAGGAGGGAAAGGGGAGCUGGAGGAGGGCCGGAGGAUGUCCAAGGCUGGCGGGGGCCGCGGUGGCCACAGCGUUCGGAGCUCGGGGACCAGCUCAGGGGUCCUGAUGGUGGGCCCCAACUUCCGAGUUGGCAAGAAGAUAGGCUGCGGCAACUUCGGGGAGCUCCGCCUCGCCGCACGGUCUCCUCACCUGCAACGUGUGUGUGCGCACAGAAGUGAAAGAACCUCUAUACAAACGAGUAUGUGGCUAUCAAACUGGAGCCCAUCAAGUCCCGGGCCCCGCAGCUGCACCUGGAGUACCGCUACUACAAGCAGCUCAGCGCCGCAGGUCUACUACUUCGGCCCUUGCGGGAAGUACAACGCCAUGGUGCUGGAGCUGCUGGGGCCCAGCCUAGAGGACCUGUUCGACCUGUGCGACCGCACCUUCACGCUGAAGACGGUGCUCAUGAUCGCCAUCCAGCUGAUCACGCGCAUGGAGUAUGUGCACACCAAGAGCCUCAUCUACCGUGAUGUGAAGCCUGAGAACUUCCUGGUGGGGCGCCCGGGCACCAAGCGGCAGCACGCCAUCCACAUCAUCGACUUCGGGCUGGCCAAGGAGUACAUCGACCCGGAGACCAAGAAGCACAUCCCGUACCGGGAGCACAAGAGCCUCACGGGCACGGCGCGCUACAUGAGCAUCAACACGCACCUGGGCAAGGAGCAGAGCCGCCGCGACGACCUGGAGGCCCUGGGCCACAUGUUCAUGUACUUCCUGCGUGGCAGCCUACCCUGGCAGGGACUCAAGGCCGACACGCUCAAGGAGCGGUACCAGAAGAUUGGGGACACCAAGCGUGCCACGCCCAUCGAGGUGCUGUGCGAGAGCUUCCCAGAGGAGAUGGCCACCUACCUGCGCUAUGUGCGGCGCCUGGACUUCUUCGAGAAGCCGGACUACGACUACCUUCGGAAGCUCUUCACGGACCUCUUCGACCGGAGCGGUUUCGUGUUCGACUAUGAGUAUGACUGGGCCGGAAAACCCCUGCCCACGCCGAUUGGCACCGUGCACUCCGACCUGCCCUCCCAGCCCCCACACCGGGACAAAGUCCAGCCCCACAGCAAGAACCAGGCGCUGAACUCCACCAACGGAGAGCUGAACGCGGACGACCCCACCGCGGGGCAUUCCAACGCCCCCAUCACGGCCCCGGCAGAGGUGGAGGUGGCUGAUGACACCAAGUGCUGCUGUUUCUUCAAGAGGAGGAAGAGAAAAUCGCUGCAGCGGCACAAGUGACCCGGGCACUCUUGGCGCGUGACUGUCCUCAAUGCUGCCCAAGGGCCAGCUUGUCCCUGAGGCCACGGGCCACCCACAGGCCGGCCGGCGACACGCCACAGCCCGAGUCAGACUGCAGGGCCGUCUGGCCAGAUGUGGGUCCCUCCCUUCACGUAAGACUUUGGCCGAAAUUUCUACACCUGUGUCUAGUCCUCCCCCCGAGAGCAUUAACUAUUUAACAAGGAACAAAGGAAAGGCAGAGGCCGCUGCCCUCCCGUCGGCCGAGUGAGUAGUGAGACUGGGCUGGUGCCGCCGCCCGUUCGCCUCGUACAGUCCAGCUUGUCUCCCUUGAUCCAAAGGCCGUUUCCUCGAGGGGGGCAGGCCCAGCCCGGGAGGGGCGUCUGCUGAGCUGGCUGUCCAGGAGGGGCUCUGGCGCCGCUGGGGGGUGAGGCCGGCUCUGGUCCAACCCCAGACCAAAGGGGAAAGCGGGGGCGGCGCAGCCCGGCUGGAGCCAGCCUCCCAACCAAAAUGCUGCACCAAAGCUCGGCCCGAGCGCAGCCCUGCGCCGGAGACACCCCAGCCCCUGGGGUGGGCGUCAGCCCUGGGCCGUCUGGGCCUUUGAGGCUGGGGCCUCAGGUCUCCGCACCGCACAGCCGCAGGAGACGAAUCGCCUUAAAGCCCUGCGCCCCGCAGGUGUCACUGGCGGGGUGACCGCAGAGCAGGUGGCGACCCCUGCGGGUCCGGGAAGCUGCCGGGUGGGCGAGGCGCCCCCCCUCCAGGGUGGUGGUCAUUCAGGCGUAGUUCUUGCUUUACAAAGUGUACAGAAAUGGCAUUUACGUUUCUCUGACGCUUCCUUGAAGCCAUAGAAUUUAGGGGCUUUUUUAAGAAAAUAAAAAAAAAAUCACUCUUCA